AAAAAGAAAAAAACCUUUCUUUCUUUCUUUGUGUAUGCCCCUCUGGUUAUACACAUCAACAACAGAAGAACGGAACAUCAUAUUCGAAAAUCCAUUCGAUCGCUGGGUUUUUCAACACAUUGAUUCUUCAACACUCAUCUUUUGGGGUUUAUUUAAAAUUAAUUUUAAAGUAUAUUGCUGGUUGAAUUUUUUGAUAAAAUUACUUGAAAUAUACAGGUGAGAUACAUAGAUGAUCAGGAAGGUUCAAUGGUAGUUUUUGAUUUUGAAGGUUGGAGAGGUUACAGUGCAAUUCCUUUCUGGGUUUUUGUGGGUUUUGUGAGUAUUUUAAUGGGUCGAAGUUGGAUUUUUGAAUUGUGAGUGAUAUGUUGGAUUUUAGGAUAGGUGGCAAAUUAGGGCUAGGGUUAGGGUUUUGGGGUUAAAAGUUUGGGAAAUUUGAGGUUAGGUUUUAUUUAUGAGUUGGGGAAAUAGUAAUAGGGCUCAAAUGAUGGAGGAACAUGAGCUUGAGGAAGGGGAAGCAUGUUAUUACAACAAGGAUGAUGAUGAUAAUUCAAGCAUUGACCCGGACAUAGCCCUCUCUUACAUUGAUGAGAAACUUCAAAGUGUUUUGGGUCAUUUUCAGAAAGAUUUUGAAGGAGGUGUUUCUGCUGAGAAUUUGGGGGCAAAAUUUGGCGGGUAUGGUUCGUUCUUACCGACUUAUCAGCGCUCCCCUUCAAUUCUAUCUCAGCCAAGAUCUCCACAGAGAUCUCAAAAUCAAGGGACACCACGAUCGCCGAACCAUUUUGUUUCCGAGGGGCCUCCUCAGAACUCUUCAGCUGUGUCUGAUCCUCCCUCAACUCAGAGGAAUAGUACAGCUGGUUCUCGCAGUGGUCAUACCUUGCAUGAUUCAAGGGUUCCUUGUGGGUAUGAUUCCGCCAGACCAUGCUUUUCUGCUCAAGAAUCUAAUAAGUUCCCUGUAAAACAUGAAGUUUCUAUGAACAAGUCACUUAAACCAACUGAUCAGAGAAAAUUCAAACUUCGGAUUAGAGUUGGUUCUGAUAAGACAGCCCAGAAGAGUACUGCUUUACACACUAGUCUUGGGCUUAUUUCUCCCUCUUCGUCAAUGGAAAAUAGUCCUACUGAAAGUGGUGAGAUGUUGUCCAAGUUUGAAGGAAUUCCCUGUGAUUCUCCAGCCAGCAUCCUUCAGACUAUGACUUCUUUCCCAGUUGCUGGAGGCCUGCUGCUUUCACCUCUCCAUGAGAAGUUAUUGACUUUGUCAAGAAAUGAUAAACUUUUCACGGGGAAUGAGCCUGUGGCUGCUGCAAAGGAUACCAAACCUCAAUCUGUCAUGUCUGGCAAUAGUUCAACUUCCAGGAUAGAGGAUGGGGAUGUCUUGAUAGGGAAGAAAACUAAAUUAGUUGGUAAGAGUGAAUAUGCUGAGGAACAGAAUUCAGGGGUCAGAAAUGACACGAUCUCCUUUUUUGAGAAAAACUUGGGCAUUGAGAGCCUGGAAAACACGCAUUGCCUCUCAAAUGACUUGAAUCAGGGAGUCGUGCCUGAUACUCAUGAAUCAGUGAAAGGUGCUGGUAGGGCACCUGGAGCUAUACAUGACUCGGUGAAGGAAAUUCCGAUGAAGAAAAGGGAGAUCAAUAGACUUAAAGAUCAAUUGUUUGGUAGUGACUUGGAUAAGGAUGACUCGUUUGAAUCUUCAUCUGACGUAGUCGGUGACAAAUAUGAUCACCGGGAAGUAAGAAGUAAUUCAGUGGAACUCCAGCUAAAACGCUUUCAGAAAAAUGCUUCUUUUGAUAGCAAGGAAGGUGGCAGGAGCAAAUGCGGCAGAUCCGUUCCUUCAUUUGGAGCUGAUUCUGAUAUUUCCGAGAGUGAGAGGGACUCUAGUGGGGCUGUAUCUCUGAGAAAGAAAGCUGUUAUGAAAGCUGCAAGCCAUAAACCUGACCAAUCAAGGAUGCCUCGCGCAGAGAAACAAUCAUCUGAAGGCAAAAAGAAAUUAACAGAACGUCAACUUGGUCUGAAGCCAGCUGCAGAUGUGGCAGAGGUAAGAGGGGUUUCUGCUACUCUCAAGAACAAGAAGAGUUCUAAGAAGGAUGUCCGGAUGGCUCAUUUAUUUGACGCACAGCUGGAGAAAACCACGAAUCAACUGGAUUCUCUGGAGAGACCUCCUGGUGAUAAGUUGAAGAAAUCUAAACUGGAGGCACGUAUAAAACAGCAUUCAUCUUCUGCUAAAUCAAGACACGUUCCAAGCAAUAAAGUUGAUAGUCAUGUGGCAUCUGCGACUCCUAUGAAGGAUCCUUCAGCCAUGGGUGCUAAGGAACUGACUUCUGGGACUGAGCCACCAGUUGCUCCUGUCGUUAUAGAAGAAGAUUGGGUCGCCUGUGAUAAAUGUCAGAAGUGGCGCCUUUUGCCAUAUGGUACAAAACCCGAGCACCUGCCUGACAGGUGGAUGUGCAGCAUGUUGAACUGGCUGCCUGGAAUGAACCAUUGUGACAUUAGUGAGGAAGAGACAACAAGAGCACUCCAUGCGUUGUACCAAAUGCCUCUUCCUGAGAACUUAAAUAGCCUUCAAAAUCAUGCUGGUAGAGAUACGGCUGGAGUAAUUUCAGCUGAUAUGCAUGGGCUCGGUGGCAGCAGUCAGAAUGUGGGUUUCGAUUAUGUGGCUAAUGGAGGAAAGAAGAAACACAAAUUAAGAGAAACACCAAACACAAGUAGCAAUCAUGGUCCAGUUACCACAAACUUGAACAUGCAACAUGAGCCGGCCAAAUGCAGAAGUUUGAAGAAUGUGAACCAACAUGUUGGUGAAUCGAAUAUAAUUAGCAAAUCCAUUGUGCAGAUUCCAGUUAAGUCGUCUGAUGUCCUUGGCAAAAAUCUGAGUAAACGGAAGGAGCACAUGGCUAAUGGUGAUGAAAAGCCAAAAAAGAAAUUCAAAAGGGAGUCCGAUCACAGGGAUCUGAAAAAGAUAAAAAUAAAAAGUGACCAAGCUUUUGUGGCAAUUAGGGAAGUAGGGACAGGUAUCCAGGACUACCAUGAACGUGGUAAUUUGAAGGAGACAAAGCCUGGGCUGGCAGAAAGGUUACAAAUUUUGGAAAAGAAGCAUGGCAACCGAGUCCAGGAUUCAAGGGAUAAUGACUCAAUUAAUAUAAAAACUCAUAAUGGAAGGGAAAUUUCUAUAAAGAAAAGAAAAUUGAGGGAUGAAGACUAUCUGAUGACUUCGCAAAGUAAUGGUAAUCAUUUGGGUGACAGUGAUGCCAAUGCUUUUGUGAGAGCGGUUUGCGGUGAGAGUGGAGUCAGAAAACAGAAGAAAUCCAAGGUGUUUCAGACUGAAAAUAAGGAGUCCAGUGCUAGCAAGGGUAAAGAAAAAUCAAGAACGAGAGGUACAGUUACCAGAAUUGUUCUACCAGGAACCAGGGAUUCUCCUAUAGAUAGGAGCGUAGAGAGAGAGCAUCAGACAAAGAAGUAUAGAGUGAAGGUUCAGUCUCGAUUGACGAUGGAAGAUAUUGAUUCAUUGAAAAGGGAUUUGGGAUCUGAACAGUUAUCAACAGCUGCCACUUCAAGCUCUUCAAAAGUUUCUGACUCCCGGAAAAGUAGAGCGAAACACCAAGUGAAAGGUUCACCAGUAGGGUCCGUUUCCUCAUCCCCCAUGAGGACGUUCAUCACUAGUAAGGCUUCACCUGCAAGAACGGAGGGUUCAGGGAAAGAUGAUGCUAAAUUAGAUAAUUACCCAACAGUUGGAAGUCCAAGAAAAUAUUUGGAUAGGGAUGGCGAUUUUGAGAGUGAUAAAUCUAGGACCUCAAUAAAGGGGAAAAGAUCUGGUGUUCCUCAUCCGGAGGCUUGUGAAAAUUCGGUGCUAGAUUCUCGGGGUACCGGUCCCAGGGAAAAAAAUGAAUCUCGUGUUAGACAUUCAUCUGAGUUUGGAAAUAGCCAUAUGGACAAUAGUCAUGCUGAUGUUCUGGAGGAAUGUAGCCCCUACAUGACUGAGAAGCAUGCUGCAUACAGCUUCGAUGGCAAGGGUAGAGUGAGCAAGAAACACGUUUCUAUGCUUAAUGAACAUAAAUCUGCCAAAGAUUCUCCAUUGCAAUUUAAGGAAAAAGAUGUGAAUGCUGGUUUUAAUACUCAAAGGAUAGAAGGGAAUAUCUCUGAUCUACUGGGCAACCAGGAAGUCCUGAAUUCAAAGGUUGAACACAAUUAUCUCGAAUCCAGUACUAAAUCUUUCAAAAACAAUCAGAUUGUUAGCAAGAAAGAUCCCACACAUUGUAGUGAUAGCAAGAGAGAGCACCGAUUAAAGCAUGAUGGUGUUGGAUCAAAUACAAAAUUGAAUAGUGUAUGUAACAUGGAAGGAAAAGUUCUUACGAAACAAAAACCUCAUCAGGAAAUUGAUGCUCGAAAUGCAACAAAUGGUAGAUCAGCUCAGUCAGAAUCCAGGGACUUAAGGUCUCAAGUUGGUGCACAUGCUGAAGAUAAACAAGGCACGUCAGUUGUUACCAGCAAACCUGCUUCAGGUUCCCAGAAAGGAAGUUCUAAAGAUGUAUGUGCCAGAGUGUCAACUACGCUAAAAGAUCCUGGCACUGGUGUUUGUCAAACUGUGAGUCACAACAGCAUGGGGCAUUUGGAAUCCAGUGCUCUCACCCUUACAAAACGGGAACCCUCAAGUCAGACUGCUUCUGCUGUCCUGAAAGAAGCUGAAAACCUUAGAGAUUGUGCUGAUCGUCUUAAGAACUCUGGAUUUCAUGCUGAAUAUAAUCAAGCUUAUUUUCAAGCGGCAUUGAAGUUUCUUCAGGGUGCUUCACUUUUAGAAAGCUCAAAUGGGGAAAGUAGCAAACACGGGGAGAUGAAUCAAAUACAAAUCUAUAGUAACACAGCCAAACUUUGCGAAACUUGUGCACAUGAAUAUGAGAAACGUGAUGAAGUUGCCACUGCUGCUUUGGCCUAUAAGUGUAUGGAGGUUGCGUACAUGAGGGUGGUAUUCUGCAAAAAUAUGAGUUCGAGUAGAAUUUGGCAUGAUCUGCAAGCAAGUUUGCAAGUUCCUCCUCAAGGUGAAUCUCCUUCAUCUUCAGCAUCUGAUGUUGAUAACACAAACAAUCAGACAGUGGCAGAGAAGACUGCUUUAUCAAGAGGCAGUGGUUCUCAUGCUGGAAAUCAUGUUAUUGCUCCUCGAAAUCGUCCUAGUUUCGUUCGUCUGCUUGACUUUACAAAGGAUGUAAAUUCUGCAAUGGAGGCUUCUAAAAAAGCACAGAAUGCUUUUGCAGCUGCCACUGCAAAUCUUGGAGAGGCAGAGAAUAAAGACGCUGUUAUUUCCGUUAAACGGGUUAUUGACUUCAGUUUCCAGGAUGUAGAGGAGCUAAUACGUUUGGUGCGGCAAGCUAUUGAGGCAAUUAACCAUAAUGGUUUUGGUGGCAGCAGAGGCUAAAUCAACCCUGUAUAUUAUGUGGUUUUGCUUGUUUUCUCCAUUCACAAGCAGGCUCUUGGAUAUGAGAAGGAACUGAGGACCUGCAGUGCAAUUUGGUGAAGAGGCAUGCUGUUAAGUGUGUUAUAUUCCUGUACAUGUGUACAAAGUGGGAUUGAUUUGCUAUUUCAUGAAUUUUUGAGAAUUCAACUUUUUGGUAUAUGAUAAGGGCAUAGCAUGCUCAACGUUAAAAUUUACAGGUUGGGUACGAGGUGUAUAAAGUUUCAAUCUUCAAGGAUAAGACUCGGAAUUCUCUUAAGAUCCAGUUUUGAAUAUUAGGUUCUUUCUGUUGGGAAUAGUCAAACAUAGGAGUAUGAAUAUUGAGAGCAUUAGGUAACAUAUCUAAGGAGAAACGAGUUCCAAUGUAGUCCCAAUGAUUCAUCCUUUAUUAGAGUACUUGGAUCCUUGGGUUGCCGUAUACAACUUCAUUUUUUUAUAAUUGAACACAAGGCACAAUUUUGGUGGAGGAAUUUAGUGGACUUACUAUAUUAUCCGUCAUUAAUUCUUUUUUCUCCUUCUCUUUUAAGUUUUUUAUCUGGUGAAAAUAAGCGACUGAUUCUGUCUCACAAAUUUAUAUUAUGUACUUAGAAGAUUACUAAGGAGUUCUGCCAAAAAAGAAAAAAAGAAAAAAGAGUGAGGAGAAAAAGAAAAGAGAUUGCUAUAGAAUUGCAAUUUUGUGGUAAAAGAAAGGAAUAUAUAACAUGGAGUUCAUCACUUAUGUCCGCACGCCUACAGUCUUCAACAUCUAAUCGGCUUUUGCUCUCUUUACUAAAUGAGCCGAGAAGGUUGGGUGUGCGGGUUAUAUUUUUUGGACAGCUGGUAUCGUUUAAAUCUGCUGAUCUUAGAAAGUGCUGCAGAAGAACUUGAAGUCUUGCUGUAAGUUGCACCAUAUUACCUUGCCUUUGUUUCCUUCCAUGUUUCCUGUGUGAGUUUUCAGCUGAUCUUAUUGCGGGGAACAUCAAAACUGUUUAGUGCAGUAAACAAAUUGGAAAAUGUGUUUCUCCUGAGACACAGUCAAAUCCUGGUUGCUCCCUGUCUGUGUUCCGGAAAGACAUGACAGGUAAGGCUAUCAUCUGUGGUUCUUUGCUCUUUUCACUAGAUAUUUUAUUUCAAGUUUCUAGCCUGCUUAGAUGACAAAUAAAUAAUUGAAUCUGUGUUGCGUGCCAGCAAAAGUUUGCUUAUUUAAUGACUGACCCCAAAUGAAUUAUCUUUGAGAAGGAAUUAGGCUGACCCCAAAUGCAUUAUUGUUUUAUUCUGGUGCCUAAAGCUACAUUUCUGACUUGAUAGUGGUAUAUCAAGAUGUAUACUGAGCUGAAUAACUCUUGUUUCUAGUCCAAUUAUUACUUGAUGCAACAAAAUUAAAACAGAUCAGAAUUGGCUUGUUGAAACAUUUGAGAAUAGAAGGUUAUGGAUGCUAGUUUCAUAAUAUAGCAAUCUUUCCUCAGGGAGUAGCUUUCAUUUUUGGAUUUGAUCUAGUUUGCUUUUCCUUUUGAACCUUUAGUUUCCAGGAAAAAAUGAGAGCAUUUUGAUGCUUACAACUGAUAACUUCCUCUGAUUGGGUUGAUGGUUUCUUAGUCAUUUUCUGCUCAAAGUGCUGAUACAAGCAUUUUCUGCUCAAGUGCUGAUAUACAAUUAUGCAACUGCUAAACAGUUUCCCUGUAGGCAUGUGAAAAGGAAUCCGCAUCUUGGAUGAAGAUAUUUGUCCCUCGGGGUGGGGGGUGGGGGGAUCGCUCCGAUCAACUCUAGUCUCUCAAAUUGCUUACUUCUAUCAUGUCCUUGUUGUAACUCCUAGUUAUGUGGAUGAAAGAUAGGGAAGCUCCAGAGUUAAUUGGGAUGGCAAAAGUUAUAACCCCAAAUAUUUACCUUGUAAAGGGGGGUCUCCGCACUGGAAAACUGAACGACUAUAUACAUGGUUUUGCUUAUGAAAUGGUUUUGAUGAUUUAGUUCUGAAGUGAGUUCUUUGUGGCCUGAAGUAAUAUUGAGUAGAUAUUGUAAUAGUAGUAGGAUGAUUGGUGAGACUGUUUAUGUUGUGUUGGCGUCCUGUUGAUGUAGUCGUCAUAUUACAGUGGUUAAGGCAGUGAGAGAUACGGUGAGGUGGACAAAAAGUGAUGAUUUACUGCCACAGGUAUGUACUACGUAACGAGUGAUGGAGAAUGUUCUACCAGCUAAAUUUAUAUGUGCGGAACAAGUCCCCAGUAAAGGCAGCUUUCUUUGCAUGAGAGCUUGGUUGGGCUUACUGAAAAUGGCCUGAUGCAGAAUCUCAAAUUUUGAGAAGGAUUCUUAUCAACUUUUCUGAUGUGUCUUAAACGCGGAGAUGUCUCACUAUAGUUGUGUGACUGGCACAUGCCAACUGAAUCAUGCUGGAAUAAAUGAGGAGAUUUUGUUAUGCUGCUCCUUGCUUGAGAAGGGGAAUAGUGAGGGAAAAAAAACAACUAUGAGAAUUCAUCGCGUAUCUGCUUAUUUUAGUGUACCUGGGAGUCCUUUUUCUUCUUGAGUUGAAGAAACAACUACUACAUCAAUCUCAUAUCAUAGACAAAUGUAACUUUCUCCUUAUGAAACUGCACCACACAGAUCCAAGUUUGGGUCACAACUGGAUGUUACACUUGGGCUACUUGGUUUUAGUUCUGGUUUUGUACUUGUACUCGCACGAUUGUAAACGUCUGUAAUUCAAUUAACAUCUGUAAUUCCAUAUCGGAUUUUGGCUGUAAGUAUAAGGAUUGGCUGUAUUCCUUUAA